GUCAAGAAAGGUUGAGUCAAACGUUUAAUUUACUGAUCAUUUCCAUUUCACUGAGACAAGAGAGGAAGGCGGAGAAACAAGGUGUUAAAUAACACAUCACUGGCCAAAGGCCCAUGAGCAUCUGGUUUUCCAACUCUAGUUAAUUUGAUGAAUACGGUGGAACAUGAAUGUUGGCAUCCCCCUUGGAGUAACAGACGGUUUAUGCACUUGAGAAGAGACAUUGGAUUAUGAAGGUGUCUUGAGAAGCAAUGGCCACAGUAGCACCUCUGAACAUAGCACCCUCUGAAUGCAACACCACUUUGGGCACUGCAGAAGCUUUCAUUUGGCGGUCAAACACCAUCAAUAUGCAUGUCACCCGGCCGAAAUCUGCCAAGGGACGCACGAGAUCAAGCUUGAAUUACUCCCAUAGUGUGGAGGCCUAUUCUUAUAGAGUGCCAUCCUCCCCUCAGCCAGCAGCUCCCUAUGAAGCAGCAAGCAAUCAAAGAGCAUCUACCAAACCAUCUUACCAGCCGGGGCAGGUGUCUCCUGAUGAAAUCCCAGAGCUCCUCCAGCAAGUGCCCUUGAGGACCUCCUCUUCCCUAAAUAAGUACAGAGUGCUCCCGUCCAUCAGCAGGAAGGGCUUGGGGAAGAGUGCUGUGGAAACCGUGAUCGAACAGACCAACAAACUGAAAAUGAGUAGUAGACAGGAGGAGCAGCAACCAUCCAAAGCUCUUCCCAGAGAGGGAAAAUCCACUGGUGUAAUGACAGAGAAUGAAGGGGCUAGAGGGGAAUGCUCAAAAGUCCAGCCUCCCAUUUCUGAGAAGAAGCUAUUAAGGAAAACAAGAGAAGAAAGCUCUUCAUCCUCAGUUUUAAACUUGGAGGAGCCACUGAAGAAAGAACCAAGACUGCUGCUUGCCGUUAGGUCUCCUUCUGGUCAAAGAUUUGAACAUCACUUCAGGCCUACAGACAGCCUUCAAACGGUCCUUGCUGUGGCAGAACAAAAGAACACAACCAAAUACAAACGCUGUAGUGUUGAAACAAUGGAAGUGCCUAGGAGGAGCUUUCCUGACCUUACAAAGUCCCUGCAAGAGUGCGGGAUCCCACACAAGUCAGUGUUGUGCAUCCUACAGGAAGAACAAGAUGGAGAUCUCUAAAUGGACGAUGAUUCUUACACAACUUCGGUCACCCUUUAGCAUGUAACUCUGUUGGAUGCCAUGGACUUCCCUUUGUUGAGUGGUCUAAGAACUGAACCAGC